GACCUCGGAGCUGCCGGGAGCUGCUCACCAGGGGCCAGACCGUGAGCGGCUGGCACACCAUCUACCUGCCCGACUGCCGGCCGCUGACCGUGCUGUGCGACAUGGACACGGACGGCGGGGGCUGGACCGUGAUCCAGCGCAGGGUGGACGGCUCCGUGGACUUCUACCGGGACUGGGCCGCCUACAAGCAGGGCUUCGGCAGCCAGCUGGGCGAGUUCUGGCUGGGCAACGACAACAUCCACGCCCUGACCGCCAAUGGAACCAACGAGCUCCGUGUGGACCUGGUGGACUUCCAGGGCAACCACUACUUUGCCAAGUACCAGUCGUUCAGGGUGGGGAGCGAGGCCGAGAAGUACAAGCUGAUCCUGGGCGCCUUUACUGGGGGCAACGCCGGUGACUCCCUGACCCAACACAACAACUUCCAGUUCUCCACGAAAGACCAGGAUAACGACAGGUCCUCCUCCAACUGCGCCGAGACUUACCAGGGCGCCUAUUGGUACAAUGGCUGCCUCAACUCCAACCUGAAUGGGCGCUACCUUGGGGGCACCCACCAGAGCUAUGCAAAUGGCAUUAACUGGCAGUCCGGGAAGGGGCUCAACUACAGCUACAAGGUGGCUGAGAUGAAGGUGCGGCCCGUGUAG